GAUCCUAAACCAAAUGUUUUGAGAAUUGGAGCACUCUUUACUGUGAAUUCUGUCAUUGGAAGAACAGCUAGACCUGCAAUACUUGAUGCUAUUGAUGAUGUUAAUGGCAACACAAGCAUUCUCCCUCACACUAAACUUGAACUUAUCUUGCAUGAUACAGAUUGCAGCAGGUUUCUUGGAAUAGCAGAUGCUUUGCAGUUGAUGGAGAAUGAUGUAGUUGCUGUAAUUGGUCCACAAUCAUCUGGAAUAGCUCAUCUCAUCUCUAAUGUGGUUAAUGAACUCCAUGUUCCUCUGCUCUCAUUCGCGACAGACCCUUCUCUAUCAUCACUCCAGUAUCCAUAUUUCAUCCGCACCAUGCCAAGUGACUGUUUCCAGUUGGUUGAUUAUUAUCAGUGGAGGGAGGUAAUAGCUAUUUAUGUAGAUGAUGACAAUGGAAGAAAUGGAAUUUCAGUGUUAGGCAAUGCGCUUGCUAAGAAGCGUGCCAAGAUAUCUUAUAAGGCUGCAUUUCCUCCUGGAGCUGCAAUGAGUGACAUCAGUGACUUGUUGAAUCAUGUGAACUUGAUGGAAUCUCGCAUCUAUGUGCUGCAUGUUAAUCCUGAUUCUGGCUUGUCAAUUUUUUAUACUGCCAACAAGCUUGGAAUGAUUAGUAGUGGCUAUGUGUGGAUUGCAACGGAUUGGCUUCCUUCUGUGCUGGAUUCUAUGGAGCUGGCAGUUAAUGAUGACACAACCAAUCUCCUGCAAGGUGUUGUUGCUUUGAGGCAUCACACACCUGAUACUGAUUUUAAGAAGAGUUUCAUCUCCCAGUUGAAGAGCCGAUACAAAAAUUUAACUGCAGGCAUAAACUCUUAUGCAUUAUAUGGAUAUGAUUCUGUUUGCUUAGCAGCACAUUCUCUUGAUGCUUUUCUCAAUGAAGGUGGAAACAUAUCUUUCUCCUGUGACACUCAGUUGCAUGGCACAAAUGCAAGCAUGUUCAACUUUUCUUUGCUUCGCAUGUUUGAUCAAGGUGAUAAGUUUCUACAGACAAUUUUGAGAAUGAACUUCACCGGUGUGAGUGGACUAUUUAAGUUUGAUACAGAUAAAAAUCUGAUUCACCCGGCAUAUGAUAUCAUCAGACGAAGAAUCGGUUAUUGGUCUAAUUACUCUAGUCUAUCAGUUAUAGCUCCUGAAAUCUUGUAUUUGAAACCACCUAACACUUCGACAAGCAGCCGGCGCCUUUACAGUGUUAUAUGGCCUGGAGAGACUACAGAUACACCAAAAGGAUGGGUAUUUCCAAAGUUUUUUGUGUAUCAACAUUUUCUUAGUAUUAGAACUUUUCUAUAACUCCAAUUGAAGGAAGGUUGUUAAUAGGGCGCCACCGGUUUCUGUUUUAUACUUUCAAGAUUUUGUGAAGGAAAAAAGUGAUCAGAGGCUAGCGAAUAUUACUUGCGUGUUAAGUAAGUAUCUUAUUCUCAUGAUUGUUAAUUUAAUCAC